CUUGAAUUGCAAAGACAAGCUGCCAAAUGCAAUUUUGGUGAUCAGCUUCAUGUACAGUUGAGAGAUCGGUUAAUUGCUGGAAUUAACAUACCAGGUCUGGAAAAGGAGCUGUUAAGAAUGCCGAACUGUUCUUUUCAAGAUGCUAGAACUGCAUGUAUUAACUACGAAGCAGUGAAUGAACUUGAUAUUCAAUCGAUGAAAAUUUCUAAUACUUUGCUUAGUCGUCAUGAUGAAUUACAAUCUCAGGGUCGAUCAAAUUUGCGUUCGUUUAAUCGUGAUUGCUAUUCCCGUGGAAAUAUGAAAGGUGGUUUAACAAGGAACUGCAAAGCAAACAACAAAGGUGAGAAUAAGUUUGGUAAAUGCUUAUCUUGUGGCAAAUUUCAUUUUCGUAAUUCAUGUGCAUUUCGUAAUGCUAAAUGUUUUAAAUGUGGCAAGAUAGGACACAUUCAGUCAGUGUGCAAAACUACUGUUCACUUUGCUUCAAGUAUUACUAAGUCUGGUAACUUAGAUCCCAAUAAUUCGGCUGUUCUUGAUGAUCAUUUAUCUUUAUCCACUACUUCAAAAGGGAAUGUUCAUAUUCAAAAGCGAUUAUAUACAUCCCUUGGUUCAUUUCAUGACUUUAUUGUGGACACAGGUAGUAUAGAGUCCAUUAUUUCAUUCAAGAACUUGAAAUCUUUAGAUCCUAAUGUUGUGGUAAAACCCACUGAGGUCUCAAUACUGGGGAUUACUGGACACAGACUACCUAUAAGAGGAUGUUGUAAAUUGCUAAUAAGAGAUGAUAAUUCUUCAUACGUACCUUGUGAAUUUUUAGUUAGUGAAACAGGACUGUCCAUACUGGGUUUAAAAAAUCUGAAAAGGCUUAAAGUGGAAUUGUCUCUACUAGUUUCUACAGAGAAUUCUGAUGCUUUACUCAAGGAUUUGAUAGCUGUGUGUGCUAAGUGUAGUGGAGGUAUGAAAAUUCAGCCCAUUAAACUUCAAGUACAGGGUGAUCCGGUCUUUCUUAAAAGACGAAUAAUUCCUUAUGGUCUUCGAGAAGCAGUACAUAAGUCACUGAAUGAUUUGUGUGCGAAAGGUAUAAUUGAACCAGUUCAGUCCUCAGCAUGGGGUACUCCUAUUGUUACGCCAUUGAAAUCGGAUGGCAAGACCCCUAGAAUAUGCGGUGAUUACAGAUUGACACUGAACUCCCGUUUGUUGAAGCAAACAUGCACGACGAUGGAGGCUGAAGAUAUUCUAAAUCGGCUUCAUGGUUCUAAAGUGUUCUCGAAAGUUGACUUGAAAGAUGCUUAUCUUCAAAUUCCUUUAGAUCAAUCUUCAUCUAUCUUGACAACAAUUAACACUCCUUUUGGUCUGUUCAAAUACAACUUCCUUCCAUUUGGUCUUAGUUGUUCUCCAGCCAUAUUUCAAGAGGUCAUGAAUAAGAUAGUCAGCGAUAUUGAAGGUGUUGAAGUUUAUCAAGAUGAUCUCAUUGUUCAUGGUGCUGAUAAAGUAGUCCAUGACCAGAGACUUAUUGCUUUAUUGCGUCGUUUAAUUGAGAAGAAUAUUACAGUGAAUCCAAAUAAGUGUUCAUUUAGUGUAUCUAGUUUUGAAUGCCUUGGAUACUUAGUUGAUGGUAAUGGUUUUAGACCAGAUAUGAAACGACUAGCUCCACUGACAAAUGCACCGUCUCCAAAAAACAUCACAGAAUUACGUUCACUAGUGGGUGCUCUUCAGUACUAUUCUCGUUUUAUUCCUAAUUUUUCUUGUCGUGCCAAUUGUUUAUUUAAUAUUUUGACAUCCAAUUCAUUCAAAUGGGGUGAAGAACAAGAGUCAUGCCUACGAAGUCUGCUAAAGUUUCUUCAAAGUGAUGCUGUCCUUCGAACUUACUCACCCAGUGUACAUUCUGUUCUUAUUACUGAUGCGUCACCUGUAGGUAUUGGUGCAGUUUUGGAACAGGAAGGUAGGCCAGUUAUAUGUGUUUCACGCAAACUUUCUGUUGCUGAACAAGGUUAUUCACAAACGCAGCGAGAAGCGUUAGCUGUGUUUUGGGCUGUUAAAAGACUUCAUAAAUAUUUAUUUGGAAAGAAGUUUACCAUUGUUACUGAUCAUGAAGCCUUAAAGUUCAUUUAUCAUCCUGACAAAUCCUUAGCACGUUCCUCAGCUGCUAUGGUUCAACGAUGGAGUAUUGCUUUGAGUGCUUAUGACUAUACGAUUCAGCACAGGAGUGCAAAACAAAUUCAACACGUUGAUUACAUUUCUCGACAACCAUUACAAGAUAGACCUGUUAAUACUUCAGACUGCUUGUUAGUGCAACCUUUACCGGUGAGACGUCCAGAUCUCAUUAGAGAAACUCGUAGAUACUUUGGAUGUAUACUCAGUGCUAUACGGAAGGGUUGGAAUGCUAAUCUGAAACGUAGAUUUCCUGUCUAUUAUUCAAAGCGGGACGAGUUAUCUACUACUCCUGACGGUAUUUUGUGUUUAAAUGAUCGUGUUGUUAUUCCUCCUUCAUUACGCAAACCUGUCCUUGAUGAUCUUCAUAGUGGACAUCUUGGUGUUGAGAAAAUGAAGUCCUUAGCAAGACUCACAUGUUGGUGGCCAGAGAUAAAUGCAGAUAUAUGUCGUACAGCAAACAAUUGUGAGAAAUGUCAUAAGCUAAAAAGUCUGCCUUCGAAGUGGACUCCAUGGCCAGUAUCGUCUGAGGCCUGGCAGAGAAUUCAUGCAGACUACUGUGGUCCAUUUCUUGGCAAAUACUAUGCACUUGUAAUUAUUGAUUCUUUUUCUGAGUGGCCUGAAGUUUUUUUCACAACUUCACCGAAUUCUGACUUCACAAUUCAAGCAUUAAGGAAGGUGUUUAGUCGAGAAGGAGUUCCCAUGGUGUUGGUGACUGAUAAUGGCUCUCAUUUUGCUGCAGAUGCAGUCACUAAUUGGUUAAAUGGUAUAGGGUGCAGACAUCUGUUUACGGCUCCCAGGCACCCUUGUUCCAAUGGUCAGGCAGAAAAUUUCGUAAGAACAUUGAAAAUUGCUAUUGAUUCUAUUGCUGCUUCGACAUUCAAUGAACUGGAGAGGGGAGUAGAUACAUUUCUACUUCAAUAUAGAAAUGCUAAGCAUUCUGUGACGAAAGAGACUCCAUCAAAGCUAUUAAAAGGAAGAAUUCUCCGUUCGAAUAUGAGGUGUUUGGAGUCUGCAGAAGUUACGUAUUAUCGUGGUAAUGAUCUUCGACCAGCCACGGGGAUCGUGGUGAAGAAUGUUGGAAAAUCUAUGGUGCGAAUUCUGGAUAUCAAUGACUUGACCAUACAUAACCGACACGUUGAUCAAAUACAAUACCAGAAUCCAGGUGAGUCUGUUCCAAUUUCGGUUGUUAAUUCUAAUACUAAUGAGUGCAUUCUAGAUAAUACAGAGUCUACAUCCAAUACACCGUCGGACAGAUGUAAGAUGAACUUAAGAAGAGGACGAACAAUCGAUUACAGACACUUACACUCCAAUUCGAGCUGUGGCGGAUGUGAUGUUUAAAUAAAUCAAUGACUUCUUAGUAUUGAUGACUGUUGUAAUUUUGAAUUCCAAAUACAAUACAUUCGUUCGGGCUCAUUUGAUACUUCUUGAUUAAAUUGCGUUAUUCCUGGGAUUACUAGUUCAUACUACAAUUCAAAUACUUCUAAUUAUCAUAUUGGCGUCGCGAUGGAGCCUGCGAUACAACAGUUGGACAUUCAUUCAACUUCUGAAGCUUGUGAGGAUUACCUUGAAAGGUUUGAGAUAUGGAGCAUGACCAAGAAAGAUAUGAAGGGUGACAAAAUUGUGGCACAUUUUCUUACAUUCAUCGGUCAAGAAGCCUACAGUUUAUUAAAAACCUUGGCAUAUCCAGAUAAGCCCAUUUCACUCCCAUAUACAACUCUCAAGGAAUUACUAUUAAACCAUGUGAAGUGCACCAGUUUUGAGUGUCGUGAGAGAGCAAAAUUUCAUAAGAUGAUUCGUCAGGAUAACCAGAAGGUUAAAGACUUCAUCCUUGAAUUGCAAAGACAAGCUGCCAAAUGCAAUUUUGGUGAUCAGCUUCAUGUACAGUUGAGAGAUCGGUUAAUUGCUGGAAUUAACAUACCAGGUCUGGAAAAGGAGCUGUUAAGAAUGCCGAACUGUUCUUUUCAAGAUGCUAGAACUGCAUGUAUUAACUACGAAGCAGUGAAUGAACUUGAUAUUCAAUCGAUGAAAAUUUCUAAUACUUUGCUUAGUCGUCAUGAUGAAUUACAAUCUCAGGGUCGAUCAAAUUUGCGUUCGUUUAAUCGUGAUUGCUAUUCCCGUGGAAAUAUGAAAGGUGGUUUAACAAGGAACUGCAAAGCAAACAACAAAGGUGAGAAUAAGUUUGGUAAAUGCUUAUCUUGUGGCAAAUUUCAUUUUCGUAAUUCAUGUGCAUUUCGUAAUGCUAAAUGUUUUAAAUGUGGCAAGAUAGGACACAUUCAGUCAGUGUGCAAAACUACUGUUCACUUUGCUUCAAGUAUUACUAAGUCUGGUAACUUAGAUCCCAAUAAUUCGGCUGUUCUUGAUGAUCAUUUAUCUUUAUCCACUACUUCAAAAGGGAAUGUUCAUAUUCAAAAGCGAUUAUAUACAUCCCUUGGUUCAUUUCAUGACUUUAUUGUGGACACAGGUAGUAUAGAGUCCAUUAUUUCAUUCAAGAACUUGAAAUCUUUAGAUCCUAAUGUUGUGGUAAAACCCACUGAGGUCUCAAUACUGGGGAUUACUGGACACAGACUACCUAUAAGAGGAUGUUGUAAAUUGCUAAUAAGAGAUGAUAAUUCUUCAUACGUACCUUGUGAAUUUUUAGUUAGUGAAACAGGACUGUCCAUACUGGGUUUAAAAAAUCUGAAAAGGCUUAAAGUGGAAUUGUCUCUACUAGUUUCUACAGAGAAUUCUGAUGCUUUACUCAAGGAUUUGAUAGCUGUGUGUGCUAAGUGUAGUGGAGGUAUGAAAAUUCAGCCCAUUAAACUUCAAGUACAGGGUGAUCCGGUCUUUCUUAAAAGACGAAUAAUUCCUUAUGGUCUUCGAGAAGCAGUACAUAAGUCACUGAAUGAUUUGUGUGCGAAAGGUAUAAUUGAACCAGUUCAGUCCUCAGCAUGGGGUACUCCUAUUGUUACGCCAUUGAAAUCGGAUGGCAAGACCCCUAGAAUAUGCGGUGAUUACAGAUUGACACUGAACUCCCGUUUGUUGAAGCAAACAUGCACGACGAUGGAGGCUGAAGAUAUUCUAAAUCGGC